UUGGACCAUCGAUAUUGUUCAUCGUAAGCUCUCACGCUUGGCGAGGAAAAAGGUCGGUUCGCGAUCGAGGCACAUUUGCUCUCGAAGCUGUUGCUGUUAUUGUUCCAAUUGGCGGUUGCUGCAAAUGCAAUGCUGCCGCAAUUGCCAUCCACAAAACAGCGGGAUCAUCCGGAUUUGGGCUAACAUCUCGAGUGAUGUCGGAAUGGCCCAAGAAGAAAUGGAAGCGUCGGUCAAAGUUGCUUCGUCGAAAUUCACGAGAUCCCCAGAUCAUCAGCACCUAUCAAGAGUCUCUCUCGGCUGUCUCGGCCACGACUGCAUCACGCCUUCCGGUAGCAAGCAGUGGAAGGACUGGGAGUGGCCAUAAGCUGGAUGGUGGGAAUGAUCGCGGUAUCGAAUCUGCGAAUCCAAAUACCAACCAGCACCAACCAAGUCACCGAAGCCAAAUCAUUACGCUGUUGACCCUCCUCCGCAAGAUUCGUCGCGAUAAGAUGAAGCGAAGUGGUGGCGUGUUCCCUGAAGAAGACGCUGAGUAUUUCGCACAAGUUGAGCAGUCUGAGAAGAGGCAAUGUUUCCAAGCAACCCCGUGUCCCUCCCGGCGGCCGAAGCCGACCAAAGUCACACCUCAAUCGACCACUCGCAUGACUCGUCAUGUCGGAGAAUCUGCUGAUUCUGAAAAGCUCGGAGUCGCGAUUCAGUCGAAAAGACCGUCCCAUGGCCCGGACCAAGGAUUCAACACUCUUAGCGACUUGAUAUAUGUCAGGUCUCAGUGGGAUGCUUAUUUAGCACCUUGCAUGAUGCCUGGGGCUCAUGCUAUUCCAUCACAUUUUCCCCAACCAUCGCCACCUUCGUGGCCAGAGUGGUCCUUGGUACUCUCCAACAUUUGCACAUCGGAACAAGACACGACAAUGAAAUGAGCAUGAGUGAGCGCAGCGAGUGAGAAGCAAGAAUAGCACCAAUGGGUUUAGCAAUCAGGCCAUUUGAGGUCAAGGAACCCAUAUCGGCUGACCGAAUGAGGCGAAAGUUCUGUUUUGGAUGCCAGAUAUCGCAACACUUUGCUUGUCGUAGCUCGCCGUGAAGUGGGUGUAUAUUAGUGGAAUAGCAGCCUCGGUUGC